AUGCCAAGCGACCUUCAUGUUACAGUUCCGUAUCUUCUUAGUUUUGUUAUGGCUGACCCUCUGAAGAUGGCUAUGGUUAGCAUUGAGAACAACCUUUCUCCUCCAGAAACUCUUCAAAAGCUGUCAGAAAGUCUCACUUCUUUGCUGCCUUUGCUUUCACAAUUGGCAGAUAUCAUACCAAGGGAUGCUCUUUUGUGGAAGCUCAAGCUUCUUAAGUCAGGAGCAGCCUAUGCCAACUCUCGUCUUCAUGCUGUACAAGCUGAAGUUCUGUUUCUUGCCAGUGGCAAAGACAAUCUUCUGCCGAGUGGAGAAGAGGCAGAUCGACUCUUCAAGGCACUGAAAAACUGCAGAGUUCGAUACUUCAAGGAAAAUGGCCAUACACUACUCUUGGAGGAUGGUGUUAAUCUGUUAUCUGUUAUAAAAGGUGCAAACAUGUACCGCCGUGGCAGGCAACGGGACUUUGUGACCGACUACCUUCCCCCUACACUAAGUGAGUUCAAGAAAACAUUUGAUGAAGACCACAAAUUGUUUCACCUUGCACUGAGCCCAGUCAUGAUGUCUACUCUGACAAAUGGAAAAAUUGUCCGUGGCCUUGCUGGUGUUCCUGACCAAGGUCCUGUCUUGUUUGUGGGUUAUCAUGCACUGAUGGGGAUCGAGUUAAGCCCAUUGUAUGAAGAGUUUUUGAGGGAGAAGAACACGAUUGUUCGUGGCAUGGCUCAUCCAAUGUUGUUUGGAUCAAAAUAUGAGACCUCGCGCCAGGAGUCGUCUCGGCUUGAUACAGUCUCUAUGUAUGGCGGAUUACCAGUCACUCCAAUCAAUAUGUACAGGCUGUUUGAGAGAAAUCAAUAUGUUCUCCUCUAUCCUGGUGGUGCUCGGGAAGCUCUACAUAGGAAGGGUGAAGAAUACAAGUUGUUUUGGCCAGAUCAGCCUGAAUUUGUAAGGAUGGCGGCAAGGUUUGGUGUUACAGUCAUUCCAUUUGGGUUUGUCGGAGAAGAUGACAUUUUAGAGGUAGCUUUCCUAAUCCUUCUUUUGUUUCUAUAG